ACUAGCACGCGACCGCUCCUACCACUAACGUCAUCACGGUGCGACGGAUCGGUGACCGUCUCCACGUUACUUUCAGGCAUGGGGUUCACCGGGGGCCCGGCUGCCGCCGCCAGUCGCGGCGAGAUCAUUGACAACUAUGAAAAGUGGAAGCAGAAAUAUCAAAAGAGAAAGGCUAAGAAGAAGCUGUGGAGGAAGAAGCGGAAGCCCGAGUGGCUAUUGGAGAGGGAGCAGAUCGCCAGGCUGGUUCGACGCUAUCCCCAGAUAAAUGCCAACGCGAUAUUGCAAUUUUCAGAUUUUCCAUUGUCCAAAAAAACUAUUAAAGGCUUGAUGGAGGCUGAAUAUCGCCUGCCGACUGAAAUACAGAAACAGACAAUUGGCCUCGCCUUACAGGGCAAAGAUGUACUUGGUGCUGCAAAAACUGGAUCUGGAAAGACAUUGGCAUUCCUUAUUCCUGUACUGGAAUGUCUUUAUCGUCAGCAGUGGACUAAAGAAGAUGGAAUGGGUGCUCUCAUUAUAUCGCCCACCAGAGAACUGGCCUAUCAGACCUUCGAAGUCCUGCGGAAAGUUGGGAAAAACCAUGAAUUUUCAGCUGGACUCAUAAUAGGAGGGAAGGAUUUGGAAGGAGAAUCGGCGAGGAUCCAUCAAACCAAUAUUGUCAUCUGUACACCUGGCCGUCUUCUGCAACAUAUGGAUGAGACAUCGUAUUUCCAUGCUUCUGACCUUCAGAUGCUUGUGUUGGAUGAAGCUGAUAGAAUUUUGGAUAUGGGGUUUUCUGAGACGAUGAAUGCCAUUGUUGAAAAUCUGCCCACAAAACGUCAGACUUUGCUUUUCUCAGCAACUCAAACUAAAUCUGUGAAGGAUUUGGCACGACUAAGUCUGAAAGACCCGGAGUAUGUUUGGGUGCAUGAAAAAGCGAAAUUCAGCACCCCUGGAACACUUGAACAGAAUUAUGUGGUUUGUGAGCUGCACCAAAAAGUAAACAUGUUGUAUUCAUUUGUGAAGAAUCAUCUAAGCAAGAAGACAAUUGUCUUUUUUUCAACCUGCAAACAAGUCCAGUAUUUGUUCCGUGCGUUUUGUCGUCUACGUCCUGGAUUGCCAGUCCUAGCACUUCAUGGCAAACAACAACAGAUGAAACGAGUUGAGGUCUAUAAUGAUUUUUGCCGAAAAAAGGCUGCUGUACUGUUUGCGACAGACAUUGCUGCUCGAGGACUCGAUUUCCCUGCUGUGAACUGGGUUCUUCAGUUGGAUUGUCCAGAGGAUGCUAAUACUUACAUUCAUAGAGCUGGGAGGACAGCCAGGUACAAGGAAGGUGGUGAAGCAUUGCUUGUUUUACUUCCAACUGAAGAAAAGGCCAUGGUGAAACAGCUGGAGGAGAAGAAAGUCCCCAUCAACAAAAUAAAAAUCAAUCCAGCGAAACUGACAAAUAUACAGGCAAAGCUGGAAGCCUUUCUAGCUCAAGAACAGGAGCUGAAAGAAAGAGCACAACGAUGUUUUGUGUCCUAUGUGCGGUCAGUCUACCUGAUGAAGAACAAAGAUGUUUUUGAUGUUUUCUCAAUAUCAUUGAAGGAAUAUGCUUUCUCCUUGGGUCUUGCUGUUCCUCCUCGAAUUAGAUUUCUUCAGAGAGCACAAAAAGAAAGAGAAAUGUCUUCUAUGAACAACAUAGUCCAAGAUAAUGAAUUAGCUGUUGUGAAUGAUACUGCAGCAGAAAGUUCACAAGAAGGAGCUGAUGAGGAAUUGGAAGACUUUAAGACUCUAUUUCGGGAACAGACCUCUUUCCAACAAGAGGCCAAGAAGAAAACCAAAGACAAUUUGUGCUGUAUGAAUAAUGAUUCCAUUGAUAAAAAUGAUCCAAGUAAUGAAGAGGAGAAUAAACAAGUAGCAGCAUUCCCGUUCAUUGAUGAUGAUGCUUUUGAUGACCAUGAUGAUUCCAAUCUUCUUACAGUGAAGCGAAGGAAUAUUUUCGGCUUUAAAACUGAAGAAAUUGAAGAAACUGAUGAAGAAACAAUACCCAAAAAAGAAAAAUUGAAGAAAACGGCAACAAAAAAAUCAAAAGUCAAAGAAGCAAAGAAGGUCUUGAAGAGAAAUUUUAAAGUGAAUACAAAAAUCAUUUUUGAUGAAGAAGGAGAGGUAGUUCAGCAGUGGCCACCCAUACAAAAAAGCAAAGUGGACAUUGUCGCAGAUGAUGACACAGGAGGAAUAAAUGUGGAGAAUGCAAAAGAGAGGUUACGCGAGGAGGAUAAACACGACAAGGAAGAAUACAGAAAAAAAAUAAAAGAGAAACAUAGGGUAAAAAGGCUUAAGGAGAAAGCAGCAAGAAAGGCCACAAGAAAGAAGGAUCAACCUGAAGAGGAAGCUGUUGCUUACCUGGAACAGAGUGAUGGGGAAGAAAGUUUUGAUCCUUCUGAUCUUCCUGAUCCUGAUAAAUAUAGAGACUCUGAAGAGAUCGAUGACAGCAGUGUUUCAGAAUCUGAAGAAAAUUACAGCAAAUCAGCUGAAGAAAAAUUCAAAAGGAAGAGAAAUGACAGCGGCAGUAGCCAUGAUGAAUGCGAGGAGAUGACAGCAGCUCGGCAGAAGAGAAUGAAGUCUGAAAUUGAUUCUGAUGAGUACAGGCCACUGGACACUGGCCUCUCUCUGGUAGAAGAUGAAGAGCUAGUACUUCAUCUGUUGAACAGCAGAGACUAAUUGCAAUCCCCAGGUGGUUUUCUGGGUCAGUCCUUUUACUGUGCUGGCCACGUUCAUGCAGUUGCAAUCAAACCAGAGCAGGUGGGCCCUGUCUGACAGUGAUGAAUGCUUUCUGAGUGGGUUGCUGCAGAUCAGUAGAUGUCUGCCAGAAUGCUGUCUACUCUAUAGCAGUAGUGAAAAAUCUUGCACUCUACAGAAGACAAUGAGUCUUUGGUUUAUUGGAAAGCUUUUCUCAUUAGUAUGUCAGAUUUAUAUAAUUGACAUCCUCUUGUGUGUUUUAAUUCCAAGUAGCCAAUUGGUAGUUUCCUAUAUGAAGAUCAUUUGAGAAAAUAAAGUCAGCAGUCAGAGCAUACUUUGUAUAUUAUUGAAGCUUCCAAUCGAUUUUCAUACAGUAAAGAAACGUGUAGAUACUGGUAUUAUCUUGUAGCUAAAAACUGAAAAACACAGGACAAGAGCAAAUUUCUCAGAUUAGAAUGUGCUUAUUAAAUUUCAGGAGUUGGCUUUAUAGAUUAUUACAAAGAAAAUGUUUAAGAAAAAUGCUUUUUUAUACAAUUGAGAGCUACAUACUCCAAUUUAUUUGGCCUACUCCAUUCACAAGAGAAUCCUGAUGAUGUAGCUGCCUCUUACAAGAGAUCUUCUGUUUUAUUCCAUUUGUUCUCUUUUGCUGAACAUGAAAAAUAAAGUCAACACUUGUUUCUGUA